GGCGGGCCCUCCGCGCACCCCGGAGCGCCGGGGCCGGGGCCGGGCGGCCCCGCCGAGGCUGAGGCAGAGCCCGAGCGGCGGGGGAGCGGCAGCGCGGCGCUGGGGCUGCCCGCGGGGAAAGCGGCGGCGGCGGAGCCGCGGCGCUCCUUCACAUGCGAUGACUCAGCAGCUACAGGAUGAAUUUGACAGCAGCGUGGAGAACGCAGAAGCUUGGAUGAAGGCCAUCCAAGAGAGGCUGAGGAUCAAUGACAACACCAAAGGACCUCGGUCUGCCCUAGAAGCCAGACUGAGAGAGACUGAGAAAAUACGUGCACUGGAACCAGAAGGCAGCUUGAAAAUGGACUUGAUUCUUGUGAAGGCAGAUGCUGCUCUUCGCAGCAUCAGUGAGGAUAAGAGGCAUGAGGUGCUCUCUAAACUAAAGGACAUUAAAGCCUUGUGGGAAGAGACAGCCAUAUACAUUACUCAUUGUCACAGCCGCAUUGAGUGGGUCUGGCUGCACUGGAGCGAGUACCUGAAAGCCCAGGAUGAGUUCUACACCUGGAUUCACAACAUGAGGGUGACCUUGGAGCCUGACAUUGAGUUGCAGCUUGGCUUGAAGGAGAAGCAGUGGCAGCUGAGCCAUGCUCAGGUUUUGCAGAACGAUGUCCUAAAUCAGUCAGUCCUGCUGGAAAGGCUGCUGGAGGAAGCUGCUUCGUUGUUCAGCAGGAUAGGUGACCCCAGUGUUGAUGAGGAUGCUCAGAAGAAAAUGAGGGUGGAAUAUGAAGGAAUCAAACAAGAAGCUCAGAACAGAGUGAAACUGCUUGAAAUGAUAACCAAGGAACAUGAGCAGUACAGCGCCAGUGUCAACCAGUUUCAAUCGUGGCUGAACGGUGUCACAGAGAGAUUAAACUGCUGCAUUGGAGAAGCAACCAAGUCUUCAGCAGAGGACAAGCUAAAGGCACUGAAGGAAAUUGCCAAAGACAUUAGGAGUGGUGGAAAGAAAUGGAAGCACCUUGAAAACCAGUGUGCAGAGGUGAUUCAGAAUACCUCUCCUCUUGGAUCUGCAAGACUGAAGGAUGAACUUGAAGAGCUAAGAAAAGCCUUGGAAAAGUUGAAACUGCUGAGUAGUGAGGAGGAGGAGAGAUUGCUCAAGAUCCAACAGUCUGAAAGUGCCUAUGAGUCCCAAGCCAGGCAAUUAGAAGCAGACAUCCAGAAGCUGAGAAAAGAUCUACAGAGACUAGAAAAUGAUCUGGACCCUGGGGAAGGGGAAAAGACUGAAGAUGAGUUUGUAACUCUGUGGAGAAAAUGCAAUGCAACGAGAGCAGCUCUGGCUGCAGAAGAGUCAAAGAUUGAGAGGCUGAAGGCUCAGCUUAAGGAACUGCUACGGUUUUCCCAAGAUGUGCAGCCACACGCUGAGAGUGUUGUCUCUGCAAUACACCAAUAUCAAAGUGUUAGAGGCAAGACUUCUAAAAUGAGCAUUGACACAGAAAACCAGCUGAGGAGACUCUUCCAAAAUCCCCUGCAAAGUUUUGAACAGUGGAAGCCAUCGGUCCAGAUGCUCCUGGAGACUCCGGAGCCAGAACUGGCUCACAUUGAGGCUGCCCUAGCUGAAAGCUCCCAGUUCAAAGAGAAGUUGAUGACAUUACAGCUAAAGAAAGAUUUGCUAAAUAAUCUUCUUGGUGAGGAAAAAGCAGAGUCUUUCCUUCAAGAAGUAGCUGAAGCUUCAAAGGAGAGAGAAAUUCUACAUAAAAGUCUGCUGCAAUGCAAGAGCAAACUCCAGAAUUUGAUAUUGCAACAUAAGAACUUUGAUGCCGGUUUUGCACCACUGCAGAAGAAAUUAUCUGCUAUCAAAGCCAAAUUAGAUCUGGAGAAGGAACCACAGCCUGACCUCUUGGGUAAAAAGACACAACUCCAGAGACUCCAGAUGAUCCAAGAUGACUUGGCAGAGCUUGCAAUUCACAUGGAGGAGGUAGAGAAGCUUGUUCAGUCAGAUACAACACACAGGCAUGAAAUGAACCAACUUUUAUCUGACUCUCAGGCCCUGAAGAGAUCACUGGAGACGAUGAUACAGCAGAGUGAAGACCAUGUUCAGAAGCAUUGGGCAUAUAAUGACAAGCUGUCUGACCUCCAGCAGUGGAUCUCAGUAACCAGGGAGAAGAUUGACUCCUGCCAGGAUGCUGAUGGAGAGCAGAACACUGAGGGCAGGCUGGAAGACCUGGAGAGAUUGCUGGCUGAGUUCCCAGAUAAGGAGAUCCAGCUGCACCUUGUGGAAGCUCAUGGCCAGUUGGUCAUGGAGAAUUCUUCUCCAGAGGAGACUGCCCAUGUCCAGGCAGAGCUGGAUCAGCUGAAGGAGUCGUGGAAAUCACUGAAGGAGAUGGCAACUGGCCUCCUCAAAAAGUGGCAGUUGAAGAGACCAGUGGCUGACAAGAAGAAGAAAAGAGCACUUGUGGACAGCAGAUGGAUGUCCAGGCCUGCUUUCCACCUUUUUGAUGUCGAUCCCAACCAUAAGCAGGAGAAGAUGGGAGAAGGGCAAAGUACAAGCAGCCACUUGAAGCUCCUACAUGACUUUGAAGAGUGGCUACAAGGAGAAAACACCAAACUGACCAAAAUUCUUGCUGGGACUCCAUCGUCUGCAGAGGAAAUUAAGGCACACCAGAGCAAACUUGAGGAGCUGCAGUCUCGCGUGCCCCAUGGUCAGCGUCUCUUUGAGGACCUGCUUCAUCUUCAUCCUGUCAUUGGAAGUUCUGCAGACCUGGAGGACCUGCGCUACCAAUGGAUGCUCUACAAAUCUAAGCUGAGAGAGCCCUCGAGUUUGCCGGGUGCUGGAUCUUUGGAGGAACCAGACAAAUUCAGAAAGAAGCGCUCUGGAGGCGUGUGCUCCUACCUGCAUCGCGUGUGCCGGGCAGCACUGCCACUGCAGCUGCUCCUGCUGCUGCUCCUGCUGCUGGCCUUCCUCCUGCCCCUGGCAGAAGAGACCCACAGCUGCACCCUGGCCAACAACUUCGCUCGCUCCUUCAAGCUAAUGCUGAGAUACGAGGCCCCACCUCCAACAUAACUUCUUGGCAUGGCACGAGGUGACUGGCAGAAGUGCAGACUCUUGGUUUUUAAUUGCAGCCAUUGUAGCUUUUAGGGCUUUUUACAUGGCCAUCAUGUCAACCGGAUAGAUCACAUAAUUGCAACAUAAGAUUAAUCCACUCUAAUCAGGUAUUUGAGCAAAAUUAAUAUUUUUACAUUUUUUUCUUAUUGUAUGUAUAAUAUGUAUAUAGAGAUUGUGUAUGUAUGUACAUAUAUAUAUAAAAAUGCAUAUCUGUGGUCAAACUAGCAACCACCAUCUGUUCAUCCACUGUCUUAAGGAUAAUUCUGCAAUGUUACUGCCAUCUUUCAGCAAGCAAUACUGAAGGAUGGUAUUGUUGUGGGAUUUUCUGGGUGAUAUUUAACAUCAGAUUCUUGUUUACAACUGAAGUCAGAGCAAGUAUGAGAACAUAUGGUCAUGCAUCAGAGUGUAAAAUGGAGAGCAGGCACAGUAGAAUCAUGUUUGAAUUGAGUGGUUCACAUUCAGCCCAAGGAAGAUUUGGACUAUUCUCUUUGAAAUCUUGAGCUGGUUUUUGAGUAUCUGGAUUCAGGAAUUGCAGAAGCUAAUAGAAAUGUCUCUACUGACUUCAGUAGAAGUGGGGGUGGACCUCCUCUUGUUCUUAUUUUUUACCAGUUUUCCAAUUACUGUAUUUUCCAGCCCACCUGAAUCAGGAGAGGUGGAAUACAGUGGGAAGAAAGCUAGAAAAAAAAAAAAGAAUAUAUUUUUUUAGCAUCUCUCUAGCAGGAGAACUUUUAAAAUCAAGUUGUAAUUUUCUGAACAAAUUUGUGAGCACUGAACAAAACCUUGUAUUGCCAAUCUUGUCUAUAAAAAAGAGUUGGGUUUUUUGUUAGGUUUUUUGUGUUUAUGGGGUUUUGUGGUUUCAUUUGUUGGGUUUUUUACUUUAUAAAGAGGCAUUUGGUAACAGGCUAUAAAGCCUGAACAGUGGGAUGCAGCCUGAUUCAGUGUCAGUAAAGCAAAAGUUGAAAGUACUUUAAUAAUACCACCCUGGAAACAAGAUUCUUAGCUAGGAUUCUUUUGUAUUAAUGGUUUAUUGAAAUUGUGUAAACUGAUUGUAUCAAAGACAGUCAAGCAUAGAUUUUUAUGUAAUCUAAACUGUAAAAUUAUGGCAACUUGUUACCUAUUUACCUAACCCAAUGCCUGCUUUAUCAAAUUUUGAUACAUUUUAACAUUGCCUUUUAGUGUAAAAACAAAUUUCACUUCAGAGUGAUUAAGCCAUUCUUAGUGGUGUUUUACCUAAUUAAUUCCUGAGAGAAAAGGUAAUUUCUAAAAAUUUAUGCCAUUUCUGAGAGCUGUUCCUUAUUUUCUCAUGGUUUUAGCCACAGUAGUAAUCAUGAAAAAAAAAUUAACAGAAGAAACAGUUACUUUGCCUCUCCUGGCUAUGCUGCACGAAUUUCUCUUCUGCAUAUCAGUAUAGGGUGCUUGGUGUUCUUUUCUGUAUAAGGCCUAAAAUAAUAUCGUAGCUGACAGACUAAGGGAGGAAGGCACUUAUUUAACAAAAUCAUUAAAGUUCUGUUAGAGAAGCAAACUUGUGUAGAAUUGGGAGGCAUAACAGUACAGAGCUCAAUUUAGGCACAGGAUAGGAAAGCAGGCAGUGUGAAAGAGGAGCAGCUAAACAUAGAGAAGAGAGGUGUCCAUCAAUUUGUAAAGCCUUAGAAAAGGAGUCACAAUUAACAAAGAGGACAAGAGUACAGGCUCUAUGGAGGAAAAAAAAUCUCAGAAUCUUUUUGGCUCCCCCUCCCUGCUACAGUAUUGGUAUUAUUGUGUAUUAAACAGCUUUUCUUCAGUUUUCCAGGUUUAAAAUGGGGGGAGUAACAGGGCUUUUAUCAGUGUUCUGAAGAGACUCUUCCACCACCAGGAUUCUGUCACUGAGUUCCUAAAAAUGUUUCUGACUAAACUGGAUUUGCUAGUGUUGGAUUAAAAUGGCUAAAGUCUGCUAAAAGUGUAAAGAAGAGUGGAAAUUAAAGGAGAGACAGCAGGGAUGAUGCAGAUAUCAGUCAAAGUGCCAGGGGAGCAUGGAGCAGGAGCUGAGCUGAGCUGGGUUACAAACCUGACUGUCAGGAGAUGGCAGAAGAGCUCUCAGAGCAGGCAGAAGGGACUGGAAGCAGAAGGGUGAGGAGAGUCCAUGCAUGCUGAGCAAAACACAUUUACUUUAGGCAGCAAAGGAAGGCCUGCAAUUUCUUUCAGGAAGGAGCUAGAUGGAGAGAAGCUGUAAUUUGUCAGAGAAUGUGGCAUAUUAAUUCCUUCUUUGCAACCAUUCUUUUUGGUGGCAAAGGACAAACCUCCUCCUCUCCUGACGUGCAAGUGCCAUGCACAUUCCUCUAAAAAUUGCUGCCAGCCCUGGGGGAAGAAACUCCUGUGGCUGCCCAGCAAGGAGUUAAUCAUCACACACACCUCCAUGUCAAAUUAAAUCUUCUUUUAGAAAAGAAGUGUGGAGGAAGAGGGGCAGGAACAAAACCUGCUCUGUGUGGUUGUGGACAUGCGUAGGUGUGCACACACCUUUCUGUGAUGUAGCUACAUUGCAGUUCUCUGGGUUUUGCUGAGCUGUUCCAGGUGAUGAAAGUAAAAUACCAAUGACAAAGUAAAAAUAACGAGGAAUAAUAAAGCUGCAAAUGGAAAGCAGUAGGGAGAUAGAAAAGUUUUUUCUGUGAAAGCACAAAAUCUCACAUCAGAUUUCUUUCUGCCAAGCCUUUCUAUCUGGGUGAUUUGUACGGGUUCACAAAUGCAUUUGACACCAUGGGAGUGUGUGACAGGGAGAAAAAAAAUUCUGCACAGAGGGUCUUACAAGAACAACUGCGUCAUCACCUUGAUGUUUCAGUUUGUGGAAGGUUUAAAAAAAAAAGAACCAAACAUCUAAAUUAGAAACACACUUUUGUUGCUGGGUUAGCAAUCAGUUUAUUUUGUAAGUCCCCUGUCUGUAAUCUAGAAAAGUUUUGCUUUGAAUCUCAGUCAAUCCAUUCUCAUUAACUUAAAUAAUCCGAAUAUCUCACAGAAUUGUUGAAUAUUUCUAUUUCUUUGCAAUGAAAACUAUCCAAAGCACAGGAAUAUAAUGUAUCUAUCACUGAAAACAAUUUAAGUCGUCCAUAAUGUCAUUUACCUCACCUGUCCAAAGCAGGUGUGAGAUUUUUCUGGCAAAGAAAGAAAGAAAAAAAAAGUAAGCUUGAGAUGUAAGUGCUAAAUUUACUUUCUUUCUUAUUCUCUUAUGUUUUUUUUUUCCUGAAAAGUUUGUGAUACUGAUUCCUGGAAGUGUGUGUAAAUAUUAAUCAAGUCAGUAAUUGGAAUAAUGAAAACAAACUGCCCAGUCCAGCUUCCAGGAAACUGUACAAAGCUCAUAUUCCUCAAAACACAAACUAAAUCAUACUGUUUCCAAACCAGUCCUUAAAAUCUUGAGCACAGUUCCUCAUCUUCGCUCACAGAUGAUUUGGUAGUUAUAUGCUCACUUUUGUGCCUAUAAAAUCCCCAGCUCAUACAUCUCUGACAUCCAGAUGUAACUGAGAUGUGUUAUAGCUCAGGUUCACACUGGGGCCACUGCCUUAAGCCUUCCCUUGCCAAAACAUGGGAUACACAGAACCCUGGAUGUGUCUGCAACUCAGGACUUGCACUGUUUUGCCCCAUUCCAGGUUUUAGCAGCCACAGUCAAAGGGUGCUAAAACCCUCCAAAACAUAUUGGAUAUGUUUGAGGUUGUGAGUGGUUUGUGCACCUAGCCUAAACUCCAUCCAGCCUGUUCACAGAGCUCUGCCCAAGCUCUUGCCUGCACUGUUGGACCCAGGAGUUGCUUGACCGCAUUAAUGACCCUGCAGUGCUGAGGGCAAAAUCCUGCACUCCAUUGCCCAUGCAUUACAGUAAGACAUUACCCUAAGGCACACUUCAAACCCAGCCUUUGGCAUGAAAGCAAGCCUCACUUGUAAACUGUAAUUGAUUUUGAAGCCUGAUGCUUUCCAGAGAAUUUUCCAUGGCAGCAAUAGAGGUAGAAAAUUGCUAUUGUGCCCCAUGUCUAUUAACAGCCCUUUCUCUGAUUCCAGCCAGCAAUUUAAAUGGUAUUAAAUAUUAUUUAUAUAUGACUUCUCCAGAAAUCUCAGUUGUAAGGACAUACAUUAAAAAUGUUGUAUUCCUCUGCUAGCAUUCAAUCUCCAGAGUAGUCAUGAUUUCUACCAAGUGCUACUUUAUUUGUACUGACCAAGAUGCUUAAAAAGCUCAAACAUUUGAGGCUGUAAAUAAAGCUACUAGGCUAACUAAUAAAACCACCUAGUGAUCACUGAAAAAUUUGGACAGCUUUUAGAAUGGCUUUAUGCUUCCCCUUAAUCCCUUUUUGUUGGGGCAUUUGUAGACCUUGGAGAGAAGAAAUGUCUCCAAAAAAUGGCCAUCCCUAGAUAGACAGAUGGUGUUCUCUGCACAUCAGAAGAAAUAGUAUUUUCUCUUUGGCUUCUCUAGACCUCAGGAGUUUGCUAUAUCUGAUCGCCUUUUCAAUUUUAAACAGGGAAUGUUUUACUUUGAUGUAUGUGCAUACACAUCUCAUUAGCACUAAAGAGAUUUGAAGAACGAGUUCAUGUACAGUAAUUCUUUUAACCUGACAAGAGAGUGCAUUGCCCUCUUUUCUUCAGGAAAAAAACCAACCAAAAGUGCUGUGUGACAGAGAUUCCCAGACCAAACAAAGCCUUUUUGAAUAAUUAAAGAUUACAGACUAAAACUAAAUUAUCCACCAUAGGAAACUGGAAAAAUAGUUCUGCCUUUCAAGAAAUGCUAGUAUGAAACCCCCAAUAACCAUGUCUUUGCCAGGCAUGACAGAUGUCUUUCAAGUCAUAGGUUAUAUACCCAGCUAGCUGUAAGAGCUGCUUUUGGAGACUUUACUAUCCCUUGGACAGUAUUGUUUGCUAGACUGCAGCUGAAAACAUGUUUGUCCAGAGAACCUCUACCAGGUUCUCCCAGAAUUGCUGGGGGCUGUUGAGGAUAUUCUUAGCAGUUCCCAGAUCAUCAACCUGCUCUGAGCCAUUACAAGCUUAUUGCAUUAAUUUAUCUGUCAGCGGUUGGCAACUCUCAGAAACCAGUUUAUUACAAUACUAAAAAUAAUAUUUCUGGUGCAGGCAACAUUAUUCAUUGAGAAAUAAAUCUUAUUACUUUUGCCAUAUUUUUAAAAAGUUAUCUAUUGGUUCUACUGGAAUAUAAACAGGUUAGUUGUAGGUGUUGGGUAACUGCAGGCUGUUUUAGGCACAAGGCAUUUUGACUUGUACGUGUCCAUUUAAAAAUUGUGGGAUCAUGUUACACUUGUUAAAUGGUAAAAGAAAACAAAGAUUCUUCAAUUAAAAAGAAACAAAAACAAAACAACAAAGUAGAGUGCAAUAAUCUGUCACAUAGUUGUUUUUUUAAUUAUCUCUUUCCUAUCCAAUUUAAAAUAUGAAUAUGAGUUAUCAGUAGAUGUGGAAAAUAAGGAAUAUAUAUCAGGAAUAUACCAGCUCAAACUGUAGCCUAAAUGACACCUCUGUCCCCUAACCUGCUUCAGCAAAUGCCAGAUUUUACCUCAUUGUACCUGUGAGAUGACAACCUUCCUCCUAGUAAAGUGUGGGUAAGGUGAAACUGCACAGCUUAAGGUGCAGCAUCCCAGUGGAAGCAGCAGCAGACAUUAGUUCUUCCAAAGGCAGCCUGGUGCAAGAGAGGAACACGUAGGUCUGGCAUAAUGAGAGCAGUCCAGGACUAAUGACACAGGAACAAGGGCUUGCCAGCCCUCUCUGCCAGACAGCGGCCAAAGUUUUGACAGCGGCCGGCAGCACAGUUCAGUUUCAUGUCCCUGACUGUGGAAGGAGGCUCCCCUCAGGGUGAUUCACUCAAGCUGAGAUUUGAGCCCUGGAAGUGGUUUUUUCUUUUCAUUAAACACAGAAGAAACUGCUAAAUUAAAACCCCUCAGUGACAGGUUAAUGGUAGGUGGUGGGUGCUGAUGCUCCAGGAAAAGAUACAGGAAAUGCUAUUAUAGAUAGAAAGCUAGUCAUGAUGGCCUCUGUUCAAUCCUCAGGAGGCAGAAAUGCAUUGUAGAACUGAAGUGGGAGUUUUUCUGUUCCUUUUCAAGUAAAUGUCAGGUGUUGUCUUUAGUCUUCUGGAUUUUAGGGGCAAGCCUAUUCAGUGCCUUACUGAAUGCUGCUGGCUUUCUGGCUUCAGAGCCAUUUACAAUCAGCAAGUUCCACAUUUUUCCAAGUUGUGUGAAAAAGGUAAUCCCCUGGACUGGUUUUGGAUCAGAAACUUUUUCUUUGGGCCAUGAAGAUGGUUUGAUUUUCCUUCUUUUGGCCACUUUGUGUUAAAUCCAAGGAAGCAGAAAGACCAGUACUAAACUUUCCAGGCCAUGUUUUGUGUUUCCUUCUUUUAUGAGAGCAGAGGAGGUUUGGUUUUUUUUUCCUUUCCAAAGUAAAUUAUCCCAGUAUUUUAUUCUUCUUUUCCUGUUGCAGUUCUUCCACAGCCUAGGUCAUUCCUAUCACCUUAAGCAUUUCCAGUGGUUGUUCUUCCUCAACACCUAGAGCAAAAUAUCUGGUCCAGUUUCACUAAGUUUAAAAUCCAGAAAUUUCUUCCCCCCUUGCAGUUCCUCCUGCAGAUGCUCUGUCUGUUUCUGCUGUCCCGUGUGUCAAACCAGCCUUCAUCACUAUCUGGGGAGACUCUAGUCUUGGGCAGCCAUCUCUUCCAAGUCUCCUGGCCACGUCCUGCCCUCAUCUGCCUUCAGUUUUGGCUCAGGCACUGCCCUUAAUAGUCACAUCUGCAGACAGCAGUGCGAGGGUGUCACUUAACAAACAAUUAUUAAUAAUGAAAGCCUCGCUAUUAGCAUUGUUCAUAGCCUGCCCAGAGCCUUUUUCUCAUCUCCUCUCUAAGCAGGUUUUGAUGUGUAAUCCAAUUACUGUGUGCAGAAAAUUGCCCCUCAGUCAGCGCAGGGGGCUGGUGGUUCAGCUGCAGCUCUGUCACCCUCGCAUUGUCACUGCUGGGGUACGAGCUCCCAGGUGCUGCUCAGCCAGGGUCUGUGCCCUUGAGCUGCCAGGAGUGUUCCACUGUCGUUGUUAUAGACCCUAAAUAAGCCAGAACUUUUUUUUUCUGACCUGGGGAGAAUAAAAAAAAAGAAAGAAAACUAAAAUGAUCGCUUUUAACAAACUGAUUUCGCAACUCAUUUAUCAAGCCCUAUAGCAAGCCAUUUAUUUUAGCUCCUUUUUGCUCCAUGAAAAGCUGUGUGUUAAAAGGGAGCGGUGAGUUUGGAGAGCAGUGCCACCGCCCUCAGCAGCACUUUGCUGGGAGGCCUCCCACUGGAACUCAGGGGUAGGAGCUGUUAUUUCUCCUGAACUGAUUCCCACCUUCAAAAUCAAAUUAUUUCUUUUGUCAAGUCUAAUAAGCACUGAACACCACAGACUUUGUUUCACUACAGAUAUGAAUGAAUGCCACUGUAUGGCACUUUCUGUUGCCAUGAAAUAUAUAUAUGUAUUAUAUAUAUGCAUGUGUGUAUAUAUAUAUAUAUGUAUAUGUAAUAGGGAGCAUAAUUAUUGUUCUACUUAAAGAAAAGUAACAUUCCACUUCAAUGUAACUUUUAAGUGCAGCUUUUAAGAGAAACCGUGUCUUAAAGGGAAGCUGGAAGAGUUUAGAGGUUUUAAUGAGCUUUGAUGAGAUUCAAUAAGCUUUGAGUUUGGGUUUCAGUCUUUAGGGUGGAAAAGCACCCAAGAUGAUUUUUCCAUCACAUUCCCAGAUCAAAGGCUGUAAGAAUUUAACCUGGGAGGCAUUGCUUGAGUACUGGCUCUUUGUGAAGGUGUUUGGAUGUUGCCUGUGCUAGGUGUGUGUCUGUCCUCAAACUCCAGCCUCCAUUUUGUACAUGGGCUUGACUGGAAGGCAAAAGACACACCUUUGUCUUGCUCCAAGACCCUGAUGGUAAUUUUUGCCUCAGUAGAUAUUUUCCUUUUGAUCAGUCUGACUCUUUCAACUUUUUUUUUCCCUUUUAAUUUGUGUUAACUGAGUUUAUCGGGUGAUUCCAGGAGGGCACGCUCCAUCUGCCCAGCCUCAGAGCUUCCCUUUCAGCAGCAUGCCUUCCUCUCAUUUGUUUACUUGAAUGUACUGGACCACUGUGAAGCAAUUACACAAGCAAUAAUGCAGGUGUUGCAUUUUUCUGUCACUGCCUUUCGUAAGACAUAACUCUCCACUGACACUGAAAAGUGGUAGGAGCUGCAUUGUUGUUUACUGGCAAUAUAACCCACAUCCAAUAUUCCUACAGAGGUCCUCACUCCUAAGAGCCGUGGGCUGUCUCAGGCCAAAUUUAAUUCAUAAGCCUGGAUUUUGAACAGUUUUGGAUCCCUUCAGCAACACUCCAUCAAUCUUGCUUCCAUCAGGUUUUUUGCUUUUGUUUACCUUCAAGCUAGAAAGUUUAAAGAAAUGUGCUAAGACUCCCAUAUAGGGUGAGUAAAUAUCCCAUUUAUUUCACAAAAACUGCAACAAAAUGAAAGGAUUUGCUCUCACAUUGAACAGAAAUAAUAAGUUCUAAAUGAUAAAUUAAAUAGUUAUUAAGAACAGCCUGGAGCAAAGUUUCUUCAAUCAAACUUUCCUCUGCUUUUAAUUUAAAAAUCAGCAAAUACUUAGGUACAUUUUGCCACCUUCUUUUAGAAAUUACCUGAAACUAAAAUAUGAAUUCUCCUUAACAGGAGGUUUAUUGACGUGAAUCUGAAUUUCACCAGCAUGUCCCGUGUUAGAUCACCCACCUGUGGACACAGGGAAAACCAAAGGCUGUUCACAAGAGAAACUCAUGUUAUGAAUGGUUUUAAAAUUGUUCAGAGCUCCUAUCCACUUCCAAAUGUCAGCAGUGGGGAGGAUACGAAACCUUCCUGUGAACCCUGUCAUUUUGCAUGUUGAAAUCCUGGCUUGAAUUCAGGUCUCCACCUCAGCUUUUGUAAAUGUUAAUAUUCAAGUAGAACAAAAACCUUAGAGGCAAUUACAGCAUGAACAUCUCUUCUUGUUUAUGUAUAGUAGCUGAUAGCAAAGUCUGCAAUAAUCUGUGUUUAUACGUGUGCUGUACAAUGUAGCAGUUGGGUACAAAAUACCUUUUAACUGUCACAAGAAAAUAACUGGAUUGAUGUCACUUUUUGCUUGUAUGAAUACAGUUAUUUGCCUUGCGGGGACCAGUUCCACUUUUGUCAUGUUAUUUAUGAUUUUUGAAUGCAAUUGUGAUAAAUUAGGCUCUUUUCUAAGGUAAACAGUACUGGAGCCAAGCAGCUGUCUCUGUACAUGUGCAUGUUAUCACAGCUGAUAUCAAGUCCAAGUCAGACUCCUUGCUUUGCUUGGACCUUUCUUUAACCUUUCAGGCUUAUUCAGGGAAAUGUGGACCACUCUAUUUUCUUAUUAAAAAUAUGGCUUUGUGAAAAGCUGAACUUAUUUUUUAAAUCCUUUCUUUUCUGGUUCAGAAAGACUGUAACAAUCAUAUUUUUCUAAACUGCCUAUUGCUUGUGUUGGGAAAUUAUAUAGAAAUAUAUAUUUUGCUCUACAGAUUUCCAUGUACUUUUGGAACUCUUUGUUUUCAUAGAUAAAUCCUCCUAUUUGCUAGAAUUAGCUCAAAAAGCUGUAAACUUCUGUAUACCGACUCUGAAAUUCUAUAAAAACACAGCUGCAUCAAAAGACCAACUUUAUGUUUUAUAUAAAUUGUUAGAGCUAAGUCAUCCUUAGUGUUAUGCCACGCAAGAUGUACGAAGAGAAAUCAGGUCAUUGUUUUGAAAGGCUGGACAGUGUUAUGUCACACUGCCUAAAAAGUCCCAGAUGACAGUCAGGAGAGCUUAUGCUAGAAAUGGUACCAUUUUGGGCCCAGAGUCUGUAAUUUUUUUACACAGUUUAGAACCUUAUUUCAAAAUUAGUCCCAUGAAACUUCAUGGGAAAUACUAAAAAUAAGAGCAUGUGGUGUGUGAGUAGCUAUGCUAGAAUAAGGACCUUUUCUAAUUAAGAACAGGGCUGUUUAAGUAGUUAAGAGGCUAUAAUUUGAGUUUUUCAGGACAACUUUUUGUGUUCUUUUCUGAGCUGUGGAUCCCUCCUGUGUAUUGUGGAUUUAUUCCAUAGCUGAAAUGCCAGAUUAAAUUGAUUGAAGCCCCAUGAGUAGAUGAACAUAAUAGAAAGCUGCAGUGAAAUAUUGCAGAAAAUGGCCUGAUUUCAUUCUUCAGAGCAAUAGUUACUCAGCCUUGGCUUCUUUGCACCUGUGAAGCAGAGGCCCUUGUUUUGUACCUCAGCUGUGGUAUAACAUGGAAGGAUUUCUGCUCUCUGCUUGGAAAAUACUGUCUAUUCCUCAUCCUUGUCAAAGCAUAAUAUUUCCCAAGUAAAAAAAUCUGAUUCUUCAAGACUCAUAGGGGAGUUAGGGGGCAGCUGGAAUCUUCUGUGAUCCAGCCACAUUAUUCCAAAAGUUUAUCCCUCGAUGAAAAAUAAAAUAUGAUGUGAUUUUGCCGUUUGUAAGUAGGAUCAAGAGACUGGAAAUUCAUCACCACAAGCCCUUGCCUGUUCUGUGAUGCUCCACUGUCACCAAUGAACUGUGUUGAAUUGGAUUAUAAAAUCAGAGUAUUUUAUUGCAUGUGUCCUUUUUUGAUAUGAAAAUAUAGUUGUAUUUGAUGUUGCAGUUAUAGUGCAGUAAAUAAACACAUGUGCAUUUCUUUUUAAGGA